ACAAGAGAACGAUCAGUCGGCUAAUGGUCACACCUGCGCCAGUGGACCUAACUUCGACUUUAGUUGUGCAACUGAUUGACCUAAAAAUUCGGUCGUCAUGUCUAAUUACUGCAUAAUGAUUCGCCAUUGCUGGAUUACUGUGAGCUUUUUAACAAAGUGCUCCUUGUCUCCGGCUUCAUUUAAGGUUAUAGGCCUCACGGGAUUCUACAAUUUUUGUCUUCUUCUCGUCCUCCAUCUCGUGCCUCCCUCGACUCUCAAAGCACUAAAUCCUCAGUUCCCCACGCAGCCACUCUUCUUCCACCUCUGUGCACAUCUAUGGAGGAAGGCAAAGACGUGGAGCACUCCAGAGCAACAGCCAGCUCCGUAAUGCCAUUGCCUAAAUCUCCAUCCACACAGUAUGAAGAGAAUGGGAGAGAGGAGGAGGGCUUCCACAACGCUUUGCUGGAGCUGAAAGACCUGCGGUCUCAGCUUCACCAUGCGGCAGAACAUUGUGAGCGUGCAUUUUCCACAGCCCAGCAGAAGAAGAUGAUUUUGGAGGGGACAAAGAGCUACAUAUGUGAAGCAGUUGUGGCAAUAGUCGACCAUUUAGGAACUGUCUCAUCCAAACUCGAGCAGAGUCUCCUUGCAAAUGCUGUGGUUAAGCAGACUGAACAAAGAAUUGGUUGCUUGAAGCAGAGAAUCCUUGCUUGCCAACAAUAUGCCAUGUGUCUUGAGCUGUGUAGCAUGCAACUGGACAUCAAAUUCCCUCAACACCAUCAGCAUUAUGUCUCACCAGGAGCAGAUUUUGCUAAGGCAAUUCCAGUUCUUGCAAAACCUAGCAAACCAGCAUGCAGAUGCAAGACUGAGGAUCUGCAUGUGCUGGCCGGUGUCUAUCAAAAGAAGAAGCCAAAGCAAGUGAACAACUUCUUGUCAUUUAUAGGAGUGAGUAAAAGAAAGAUAUAGGAAUUAAUUACAUAUGUUGUUGGGGUUGCCUUCGCUUCACUGCCUAGUUGUGUAUAAUGUAUUGUAGCUACUUGGAGAACAUCUGCUGAAUGUAUUUUCUGAGUGAUGGUUGGUGAAUUCAUUAGCAUGCAAAGAGAAAUCAAGUCUUCAUUUAUAGAAAAGCAUGUUCACUUUUCUUA